AUGACAGGAGAGGAUGGCAAUGGAAACCUAACGGCAGAAGCCAUGAUAGCUUUUAUGAAUAUCGCCUUUCUGGUUUCCCUGUUCCUGCUAAACUCAGAUCGCAUUCAGAAAGCUAUUGAGGUAUGCAGCGAAUGUUUGAUUUUGCUAAAUAACAUCGAUCAAGACAGCAGAGGCCGAUUUAAUUCACAACUGCUUCUACUUUACAGUGCCAUCUGUAACGUUCUUUUUAGCGCAUAUCGUCGUAUCUCUGACUACAUAAAUGCAGAAAGAUACGGCAGAAAACUGCUUGUCUUAUACAGCGAGUCUGGUGACUUAGUAAAAGAAGGAGAUGUAAGCAUAGCUCUAGCAGAGAUUGUUGAGAGUCAAAACAGGUUUACAGAGGCCAAACAACUUUACGAAAAAGCAAUUAAUAUAAAGAGACAAACCGGUGAGAAAAUUGGAGAAGCAAGUGCCUGCGAAACACUGGGAAUUAUGUUUUAUAAACUUGGCGAAAACCUAAAGGCAACGGAGUAUGUUGAGAGAGCCCUUGCCAUAAAAAACGAAAUUGGGGACAGGAGAGGAGAAGCAUCCUGUUACUGUACCCUAGGAGCGUUGGUUCGGUUUCACGGGGAAUGUGACAAGGCUAAAAAGUAUCUCCAAAAAGCGCUUGUCAUCAGAGCUGAGAUUGGCGACAGAGAAGGAGAAGCAUUUGACUACGGACACCUAGGUAACCUGUUUUCGUCUCUCGGGCAAUACGGAAAGGCUAAAGAAUAUCUCCAAAAAGCACUUUUCAUCACAACUGAAAUUGGUGACGUAGACGGAGAAGCAUCAUGUUAUGGACACCUAAGUACUGUGUUCGAGUCUUUAGGGCAGUACGACAAGGCUAAAGAGUAUCUCCAAAAAGCACUUGUCAUCAGAACUGAGAUUGGCGACAGAAAAGGAGAAGCAGCUGUCUACGGAAGCCUAGGUAACUUGUUUGUAUCUCUUGGGCAAUACGGAAAGGCUAAAGAACAUCUCCAAAAAGCACUUAUCAUCAGCACUGAGAUUGGUGAUAGAAAAGGAGAGGCAGCUGACUACGGAAGCCUAGGCUCUGUGUUUGGGUCGCUCGGGCAAUACGACAAGGCUGAAGAGUGUUUCCAAAAAGCACUUAUCAUCAGCACUGAGAUUGGUGAUAGAAAAGGAGAGGCAGCUGACUACGGAAGCCUAGGCUCUGUGUUUGGAUCGCUCGGGCAAUACGACAAGGCUGAAGAGUGUCUCCAAAAAGCGCUUAUCAUCACAGCUGAGAUUGGUGAUAAAAAAGGAGAAGCAAUAUGCUAUGGAAACCAAGGGAUGUUGCUUCAAUCGCUCGGGCAAAACGAAAAGGCUAAAGAAUAUCUUCAUAAAGCGCUUGUCAUCAGAACUGAGAUUGGCGACAGAGAAGGAGAGGCUGCUGACUACGGAAACCUGGGUACUGUGUUUGACUCACUCGGGCAAUACGGAAAGGCUAAAGAAUAUUUCCAAAAAGCGCUUGUCAUCCAAACUGAAAUUGGCGACAGGAAAGGUGAAGCAGCUACCUACAGAAACCUAGGUAAUGUGUUUGGGUCUCUCGGACAACACGACAAGGCUAAAGAGUAUCUCCAAAAAGCCCUUGUCAUCAGAACUGAGAUUGGUGACAGAGAAGGAGAAGCAUCAUGUCAUGGAAACCUAAGUACUGUGUUCAAGUCUUUAGGGCAGUACAAGAAGGCUAAAGAGCAUCUCCAGAAAGCCCUUGUCAUCAGAGCUGAGAUUGGUGAUAGAAAAGGAGAAGCAUUAUGUUAUGGACACCUAAUUACUGUGUUUGAGUCUUUAGGGCAAUACGACAAGGCUGAAGAGUAUCUCCAAAAAGCACUUGGUAUCAGAACUGAGAUUGGCGACAGAGAAGGAGAGGCUGCUGACUACGGAAACUUAAGCAAUGAGUUUUGGUCGCUCGGACAAUACGACAAGGCUAUAGAGUAUCUCCAAAAAGCACUUCUCAUCACAACUGAAAUUGGUGACGUAAAAGGAGAAGCAUCAUGUUAUGGAAGGCUAGGUACUAUGUUUGAGUCUCUAGGGCAGUACGACAAGGCUGAAGAGUAUCUCCAAAAAGCGCUUAUCAUCAGAACUGAGAUUGGCGACAGAAAUGGAGAAGCAUCAUGUUAUGAAAACCUAGGUAUGGUGUUUCAGUCGCUCGGGCAAUGCGAUAAGGCUAAAGAUUAUCUCCAAAAAGCGCUUGUCAUCAGAACUGAGAUUGGCGACAGAAAAGGAGAAGCAUCAUGUCAUGGAAACCUAGGUACUGUGUUUAAGUCUUUAGGGCAGUACAACAAGGCUAAAGAGCAUCUCCAGAAAGCCCUUGCCAUCAGAACUGAGAUUGGUGAUAGAAAAGGAGAAGCAGCUGACUACGUAAAGCUAGGUGGUAUGUUUGACUCACUCUGGCAAUACGAAAAGGCCAAAGAAUAUUUCCAAAAGGCGCUUGUCAUCAUAACUGAAAUUGGCGACAGAAAAGGAGAAGCAGCUAUCUACGAAAACCUUAGUAAUGUGUUUGGGUCUCUGGCACAAUACGACAAGGCUAAAGAGUAUCUCCAAAAAGCUCUUGACAUAAACACUGAAAUUGGCGACAGAAAAGGAGAAGCAGCUAUCUACGAAAACUUUAGUAAUGUGUUUGGGUCUCUGGCACAAUACGACAAGGCUAAAGAGUAUCUCCAAAAAGCGCUUGACAUAAACACUGAAAUUGGCGACAGAAAAGGAGAAUCAUCAUGUUUUAGAAAACUGGGUACUGUUUUUGAGUUUUUCGGGAAAUACAACAAGGCUAAAGAGUAUGUCCAAAGGGCGCUUGUUAUCAACACUGAAAUUGGCGACAGAGGAGGAGAAGCAUCAUGUUAUGGAAGCUUGGGUAUUGUGUUUGCGUCGCUCGGGCAAUACAACAAGGCUAAAGAGUAUUUCCAAAAAUCGCUUGUCAUCAGAACUGACACAGAACUGACAGGCGACAGAGAAGGAAAGGCUGCUGACUACGGAAACCUAGGAGCUGUGUUUCAGUCGCUCGGGCAGUACGACAAAGCGAAAGAGUAUCUCCAAAAAUCGCUUGUCAUUAGAACUGAGAUUAGCGACAGAGAAGGAAAGGCUGCUGUGUACGGAAACCUAGGAGCUGUGUUUGAGUCGCUCGGGCAAUGCGACAAGGCUAAAGAGUAUCUCCAAAAAGCACUAGACAUCAGAAUUGAUAUUGGCGACAGGAGAGGAGAAGCAUUAUGUUAUGCAAACCUAGGUACUGUGUUUGGGUCUCUUGGGCAGUACGAGAAGGCUAAAGAGUAUCUUCAAAAAGCGCUUGGCAUCUUAACUGAAAUUGGCUACAGAAAAGGAGAGGCAUAUACCUACGCGAUCCUAGGUUCUGUGUUUAAGUGUCUGGGGCAGUACGAAAAGGCUAAAGAGUAUCUCCAAAAAGCGCUUGACAUCAAAACCGAAAUUGGUGACAGAAAAGGAGAAUCAUUAUGCUUUAUAAUACUGGGUGCUGUGUUUGAAUUUCUCGGGCAGUACGACGAGGCUAGAGAGUAUACGCAAAAAGCGCUUCUCAUCACAAAUGAGAUUGGCGACAGAAAUGGAGAAGCAUCAUGUUAUAUAAACCUAGGUAAUGUGUUGCGGAUGCUCGGACAGUACGACGAGGCUAAAGAGUAUCUCCAAAAAGCGCUUGUCAUAACAACUGAAAUUGGCGACAGAAAUGGAGAAGCAUCAUGUUAUGGAAACCUAGGUACUGUGUUUGAGUUGCUCGGACAAUACGAUAAGGCUAACGAGUAUCUUCAAAAAUCUCUCGUUAUGAGAACUGAAACUGGCCACAGAGCUGAAGAAGCAUCAUGUUAUGGAAACAUAAGUAAUGUGUUUGCGGCUCUUGGGCAGUGCGACAAGGCCAAAGAUUAUCUACAAAAAGCACUAGCUAUCAGAACCGAAAUUGGUCAUAAGGCAGGGGAAGCAGCAGUUCUUGCAAAAUUUGGAGUUGUGUGUAGAACUGUUGGAGAUUAUGAGGCUUCGGAAGUAUGCUUGGAGAAAGCUUUAUUUAUAUCCAGAGAUAUUGGAGAUAGAAGAAAAGAGUUCCAAAUCCUUCUAGACUACGCCAUUUUGUAUUUAUUACAAAUUAAAAUCAAAGACGCCCUGUCAUGUCUUCAUCUGUGCAUUGAAAAGUAUGAGGAGCUGAGACAUUUCUUGGGCGCCAAUGAUCACUUUAAAACAUCAUUUCUGGAGCACUCAGGAAUAUUUCCCUACAAGCUGCUUAGUAGUUGGCUUUGUGUUACCGGAAAUGCUCGUGAUGCUCUUUAUGUUGAGGAGUUGGGUCGAGCCAGAGGCCUAUCUGACUUGAUGGCAGAGAAGUACUCUGUUAAAACGCAUAUCUCUGCUAAUCCGCAAUCUUGGUUUGGCAUUGAAAACAUUUUUAGAAAGGAAAUUAACUGUACUUGUCUGUACAUUUCUUAUUGUCAAAAUCAUCUGGAUUUAUGGAUUUUGAAAACAAGUGGAGUCCUUCACUAUAAAAGAAUAUCAGUAGAAGAGACUCUAGUUCAGGCUGGGUUGCCCGAAGAUUUGCCUUUGAGUAAAUAUUUGACUAAUAAUUUCCGGAGUCUUGGUAUUUUGCCCAUGGAAGAUUGCGAAGAUCGGUCUUUAAAUAUGAUUAAAUCUCAACCUCUCUCCCCCGAACAAAAGAGCUCAGCAAGAUUACGACUCGUGGUGGAGGACGAGGAAGUCAUUUCAAGUCUAUCUUUGUGUUACAUACUGUUUAUUGCCCCCGUUUAUGAUUUGCUUGAUGAGUCUGAAGUCAUUAUUGUUCCUGACAGCAGUUUGUACAAAGUUCCCUUUACAGCCCUGAGUGAAAAGGAGGGAGCCGAAUACCUGUCAGAGACUCAUAAGAUCCGUAUCAUUCCUUCUUUGACGACACUCAAGAUCAUUCAAGAUAGUCCAGAGGACUAUCACAGCAACACUGAUGCCUUGAUAAUAGGCAAUCCCAGGGUUGAUUGGCUGCCGCCAUUGCCAGGUGCAAGAAAGGAAGCGGAGAUGGUCGGAAGACUGGUGGGUGUUCCGCCCCUGGUAGAAGAGAGAGCGACGAAGCAGGCGGUACUUGAGCGGAUAAGUUUAGUGAGCCUGAUACAUUUUGCUGCCCAUGGUGACGCCGAAAGGGGAGAAAUUGCCCUCUGCCCCAACAUCCCUAUUCCCAACAGUCAAAAUGCUAUCCCACCACAGGAAGCUUACAUGUUGACGAUGGCUGAUGUCUCACGAGUGAAAGUCAGAGCUAAACUAGUGGUACUUAGCUGCUGUCACAGUGGAAGUGGAGAGGUAAGAGCUGAGGGAGUUAUAGGAAUUGCCCGUGCUUUCUUAGGAUCCGGUGCUCGCUCGGUGUUGGUUGCGCUGUGGGCCAUUCCGGACUUAGCAACAGAGCAGCUAAUGAGUAGGUUUUACGAACAUCUUGUUGAAGGAGAAAGUGCCAGUGAAUCCCUUCAUCGGGCCAUGAGGUGGAUGAGAAAAAACCGCUAUACCAAAGUGUCUGAUUGGGCUUCGUUUACGCUGAUUGGAGAUGAUGUGAGGCUCGAGUUUGAAAAGCAGAGGUAAGACUCGGUAAGAAUAGGUGUUUUAUAAAUUAAAGUUAAGUUAGAUGUGAAGGUGCUAUGACUUACUAGUCGCUGACUGUCAACGGGAAUCCUUUAUCACCUUGAAUAUCAAGGCUAGUUUUAUACCUUUUUUUUUGUUUUGUUUCUUUCAAAGAGUAACAAUUUAUUCUCCCAAUUAGGUGUAAAAUCUCGAAAGCGCCUCUCUGCCAAUCAGAUACAAGCAUACAUUUGCUGACGUAUUGCGUCUCGUAUAACUGUAUUUGCUUUAUUUAAGAAAUUUUAAUUAAGUUAUUUACAAUUGGUUUUUUUUUACGUUUGUUACAGGAAAGAAGGCGAGAAUAUCUCGAAGGAAACAGACCUUAAAGACUUUUAG